AUGUCUGCGAAACUUUUGUGCAAGCUCGGCCAUGCGGCGAUGGGCGAAGCUCAGGUGUUUGCGCACGUCUGGGAGGUCCCGGACGGCGACAAGAGCAUCACCGGUUCCCCGCGGUGA